GCAAACUUCAAUUGCUUGUAACUUAAAUAAGUCUUAACCAACAUUUUUAUUAUACCAAUUUGUGUUUGUGUAAUCUUUAAAACCCAAGGAAAUACUACGAAUAUAUUAGUAUUCUAUAAAUACGUUAUUAGUUUUCUUAUAUUUAUGCUGUUUUAAGAUUCAACUUACCAACUUAUAUAUUGUAUGGAUAUGAAUAUUAACAUGUCUGUUCAAAAUGCUAUAGAAAUAUUCACAACUAUUAUGCGUUCAUUAAAUACGGUCGAUAAACAAGUAUUUUUAUCAUUUAUUACUGAUAAUUGGAAACCUCAAGAAAUAAACAUUCAAUCUGUUUCAAAUGGUAAUUGUAAUAAGGAAUGUAGUUUGCAGGAAAAAAAAUUAAAUGAAAUAAAAAAAAUUAUUAUUGAUAUCAAAGAUAGAAUACCAUUUGAUGGUAUAUUUCCCUCAGAACACAUUGUACCACCAAUAAUUGGAGAGAAUUCAGACUGUGAUAAUAAAUCAACAAAACAUAUUGAUGCUUUUCUUUAUGAUGAUGAAGAAGUAGAUGAACUUAUAGAAAAGGGAGAAUUGAAUAAUUUAUAUUGUUCCGACUGUGGAUCUACUAAUGUAAAACAAUAUAAUAUUAUAUCACAUUCCAUGUCAGUAUCUGAUAUGUUGUAUAUAUUUCAUAAUAUUUUACCAUGUUUGAAAGAAAAAGUUUUACUUGAUAUAGGGUCUCGAUUGGGUGCUGUUUUAUAUGGAGCACACAUAUUUACAUCUGCCAAAAAAAUCAUUGGAGUUGAAAUGAAUAAAGAACUUUGUUCAUUACAAUGUGAUAUAGUAAAUAAAUACAACAUGAAUGAUCGUAUUGAAAUUGUGAAUAAAAGAAUUGAGAUGUGUCCUGAUAUAAUACAGAAAAGUGAUAUUAUCAUUAUAAAUAAUCCAUUUGAGUUUUAUGUUUCAGAAUUAGAACAUAUAAAAAUUUGGAAGUUUUUGAAAACUAACAUUAAAAGUGGAACAAUUCUAAUUACUAAGCCAUCUAUUGAAAUUACUUUCAAAUAUUUAAAAACUGGAAUAAUACUAGAUAAAUGGAUAAAAUCUUACAAAUCAAAGAAAUAUAAAAAAGAAUCUCAAAUAUUUAUAAAAUUCACUGAAAAUCCAGAUAUUAAAUUUUAUGAAGUAUUAUAA